CUCUGAAUUACAAGCGGUAGCUAAAAUUUCGAUGAGCAAGGACUGGACAGAAGUGGCAGCAGAAUUAAAUUAUUAUAAGACCAGGAUUUAUUUCCAGAGGUUGGUGAACGUCUGCUGCUAAUGGACAUAACGCUUUGCCAUCUAUAAGCGGGUGUUGGCCCUGUAAGAAGUGAUGGCAUAGAGAUGUGAAGGGCUCCUAUCCUUGUUUGUUUCACAUUUGGCCUCAGCGCUGCAAGGUUUGCGGCUUCUUGAUCCUCCUGGCCUAGCGAAAGUGGCACACCCAGAUCAUUGUGUCUGAGGUACUGUACACUGCUGUCACGAUUUCUUCAGUAAGACCUAAAUAACACUCAAACACAUAAGAUGCCUUUAGGACUGGGCCGAAGAAAGAAGGCUUCUCCACUUGUGGAAAACGAAGAGGCGGAGCCAGUGCGGGCAGGCUUAAAUGUGCCAGGUUUGGACGGCAUGGAUGGGGUAGGGGGCGGACUCGGGGAGGCAACUGCACAGGAGGGUCUGCCUCCCCCACCCACCAGCUUGCGUCCGCGUCUGAUCUUCCACACUCAGCUGGCCCACGGGAGCCCAACGGGGCGCAUAGAGGGGUUCAGCAAUGUCCGGGAACUCUACGCUAAGAUCGGCGAGGCCUUCGGAAUACCACCAGCUGAGGUGAUGUUCUGCACGCUGAACACGCACAAGGUGGACAUGGACAAGCUGUUAGGCGGUCAGAUUGGGCUGGAGGACUUCAUCUUUGCACACGUCAAAGGCCAGAGGAAAGAGGUGGAGGUGUUCAAGGGUGAGGACGCCCUUGGCCUCACCAUCACAGACAACGGCGCUGGGUACGCCUUCAUCAAGAGAAUAAGAGAAGGAAGCAUCAUUCAUCAGAUCCAAGUCAUCAACGUGGGAGACAUGAUCGAGUCAAUCAACGGCCACAUGCUCAUUGGCUGUCGACACUACGAAGUUGCCAAGAUGUUGAAGGAGCUGCCCAGGGGAAAGAACUUUGUUCUGAAGCUGGUGGAGCCCUUAAAGGCAUUCGACAUGAUCAGUCAGAGAUCAGGCGGGUCGCGGUCUGGUGGGGUCCAGCUGGGCACUGGAAGGGGCACCCUGCGUCUUAGGUCAAAAGGUCCUGCCACCGUGGAGGAACUGCCGUCUGCGUUCGAGGAGAAGGCCAUUGAGAAGGUGGAUGACCUCCUGGAGAGUUACAUGGGGAUCAGAGACAGCGAGCUUGCGGCCACCAUGGUCGAGUUGGGCAAGGACAAGAAGAACCCUGAUGAGUUUGCCGAGGCCCUGGACGAGACACUGGGCGACUUUGCCUUCCCCGACGAGUUUGUUUUUGACGUCUGGGGCGCCAUUGGCGACGCAAAGGUCGGCCGGGUGUAAAGAGUCAGGAGUCUGGAGCAGGAGGAAGCAGAGGGCUCGACCUCACCCUGUGGCUGUGGUGAACCUAUGAAGACGCACUACUAGAAAUCGCUCUAGUACCUUUAUGAAAUCUUUUUUUUUUUUUUUUGCUCUUGUGUUGUUUGUUGGCUUCAGCUGUCCGCUUCGUCUACUUGGAACCAGUUCCAUUGGGAGGUUUCACAUGGGGACUUCUCUCCGCUGUAUGGGAGAAUUAUCUCUGACCUCUUGACCUCUUGACACUACUUUCCCCAAGUGGGUUUUAUUUUUGUAAUUUUUUUUUUAACCAAGUGUCAUUCUGUGCAGUCCCAAAUUGUGAUUGACAUGUAAUCCAGAUGACCAGUAGUGAACCAAUCAUUAACCACCAUUUUUAAAAGUCAUACUUAAGUUCUCCUCACGUUUAGGGAAAAAAAGUAACAUGAAGUUAAAGUUAACUGAUAAUUACCAGAUGUUUUUAUCCAAAGUGACAAAACUCGCAAACAUGGAAAGAUAGGAGACUUUUGAUAUAUAUAAAUAUCAAAAUAUUUGACUCCAUAUUUAAUUUAUAUAUAACAAGUCAGAUAUGGCGCUGGGAGACUUUUAUUGUUUGAUGCGACAGGCCCUCUGACGGUGGCUUCUGUAAACUGUGACGCUUCCCUUUGCACUGUGUCACACGGCGCUGUACCUGCUCCUCUGGCCCUGCACUGCAGUCGCUCCCACGCUUACUGCGCAGCACUGGACUGGAACCAGCACCAAUGAGCCCGAUCAGAGCCGUGGUCAAAUGAACUGAACUGGACGGGACUGGACGGGAUAGGAUGGGAUGGGACUGGACUUUGCAGUGCUGUGCAGUGACCUUUGAGCACAGCAUUAGGUCAGUGCAGCCUAUGGACCACUUAGUGUGUGACCCACAGGAAACCCUUACUAUUAACCGAUGAAGCAUGUGCUGGUUAGGAUUCCUUUGAGUUUCUGUUUUUCUUUGAUUCUGUUAUUGUUUCCUUUUUUUUAUGAAAUGAUUACCCUAAAAGGAGAGAGAGAGAGAACAAGCAAGCAAGAGAGAGAGAGAGAGAGAGAGAGAGUGAGAGAAAGAUAGAGAAAAAGAACUGUGAGGCCUUGGUGGACCAGUUGCUUUGGCAGCAUUCGUUAACUACCCAGUUCAUUACUUGGAAAAGUUGCAUCACAGACAUUCCAGAUAGGGGCCCUGAUUUGAAAAACAACCAAGGUCUUCAGUGUCAAACACAUGUUGCAGAAGUAUUUGUCAUUGCUGGGCGAAUGAUCUGAUCUAAACAUAAAAAUACAUGAGUGUGUAAGAUAUGAAUAGAUUCAAUUAUAUAAAAGUAGUUUUAAGAAUAUGUAAACAAGAGUGACUCAGACACAUUAGUCAGCUUCAUUAGUCUGAAGUCUUAAUGUGUCUCACUCAUUUUUAUAUAUUUACAAUUACUAUUAUGUAUUUAUACUGUCACAUUCAUUUUUAAAUCUGAACGUUUGUCAAGACAUGGGAAUUAUAUUUGCUACAUUGCUGAAGACCAAAGACUUUGCCUGUCUUUCAAAUUAGGGACCACAGUGCUGAGCAAUAUAAACGAUAAACAGGCUACUCUCUAACUAACACUCCCGUGCUCCUCGUUACCUGUAAGGGGCGUAAGACAACCAUUCCCUCAUGCCAAACUGAAGGAAACCUCGCUGUUUGAGGCAAUCAGUGUGACUACAGUAUUAUAACAAGGUUUAAAUAUUUCCAAUGUAUUUUCUUAGCGGAAGAAAGGUUUACAAUGUGUUACAAAGGUUUACAGUGGCCUCUUAAGAGAACAGUAUUGUGUCUUGUGUUGACCCCUUGUCAUUAGAGGGUUUGUAGUGGUGAUGUGCUUGUUGGUUUUUUUGUUUUGUUUUGUUUACUUUCUUUUUUUUUUUGGAUUGGGUCAUUGGACUCCUGGUCCUGAUGUCCACUCUCUCUCUCUCCACUGCACCUUCUUCUGUAGGCCAAGCUGUGGCCAAAGCACUUCCAAUGAGCUCAACCAACAGCCUACACAGUAACGCUGUGUGAUUCAGGGCUAGGAGAACAACCAAACGCUAAUGCCUGUCGGCAACUCAGUAGCUUAUGUGAUGUGCAGAGAGAUCAUGUCAUGACAAAAAAAAUCUAAGCAAAAUACACACAAAAAAAACACUGAUCAUAGAGCUGAAUGCAACUUGACUUGGAAUCUUUUAUAUAAACUGUGUAGUUACUUUAUAUACAUCAUACACUCUGAUGAUAGUUUUGUAUCGGUUGAUUUUGGUUUGUCUGUUUUUUGUCACUCCUCAGUGCUUUUACAACUAUACUUAACUGAGUAUUACUGUCAUAUAGCUCAAUGUUAGAAACUGUAACACUGAAGGUUUUAUGUCUUGAAAGAUUUUCUUUUUACACUGUUCCGCUGUUACAAAUCAUAGUGGCAAUAACGAUAAUGGGAUUGAUUACAAGGACCUCAUCAUCUUUUUAAUCGUGUUACAAAAUGAAGCAAAAAAAAAAAAAGUACCAUUUUUGAAUGGUCAAUAUAUGACUUGUCACUGAAAAAAAAUGCCGCAUUAAAAAAGGAAAAAA